AUGGCUCCGAAUAUCGACUCGGCGCUGGGGACGGCGGACAUGGCGAAUGAGCAGCGCGGCCUUCUCGAGCUCAUCGACAAGCUGCAGUUUGCCCAGCUCGACAAUGUCAAGCUGCCACAGAUCGUCGUCGUCGGCGACCAGUCGGCGGGAAAGAGUUCCGUCCUCGAGGCCAUCACUGGCACCCCGUUCCCUCGUGAUGCCGGCGCCUGCACACGAUUCGCAACCGAGAUCCGCCUGCGCAGGUCGGCCGAAGCGAGUCUCAACGUCUCCAUCAUCCCCGACAAGAACAAGCCUUUCAGAGACCAGGAGCGAUUGAAACAAUUUGGCGGAGCUGUCGACACAGACAUUUCCUUUGAGUCUCUCAUGAGAUCUGCGGUGGAAAUGAUUGCCCCCAAGAACAUUCCGGGCAGAUUCGCCGCCCGCGACAUUCUGGUGGUUGAGAAGAGAGGUCCCGACAUGCCUCUGCUCACCCUCGUCGAUCUUCCAGGUCUCGUCAAAAACGCCAACAACGACCAGUCGAUGGACGACAUCAAGACGAUUGAGACCCUUUGCGACCGAUAUAUGAAGAGUUCCCGAACCAUUAUCCUUGCUGUCGUUGGCGGCAACACCGAUUACGUCCAGGCACCCAUUCUCACAAAGGCACGCCACUUCGACCCCUCUGGCAGCCGUACCAUUGGUGUCCUGACAAAACCCGAUCUUUGCGAGUCGAUCGGUCUGGAAGACAAGUUCAUCGAGCUCGUCCAGAACAGAGAUAAGCAAAACUACUUCAAGCUCGGCUGGUACGUUCUGCUGAACCCUGGACCCCGCGACCAAGGCCAGCCAUGGCCUUCAGCCCGUGAACGUCGUCAACGUGAGGAAGAAUUCUUUGGCCGCGGAAAAUGGCGUGCUCUUCCCAGCUCCAUGUGUGGUGCCAAUGCGCUCAAGCAAAAGCUGAGUGUUCAGCUGCAACGUCACAUUGGUCGUCACGUUAAGACACUUCGCAAGCAGAUCCAGAAGGCGCUCGACGACUGCGACUCAGAGCUCAAGUCCAUGGGCACUGGAAAGGACACUGUCGAGGAGAUGCGCAUCGAGCUCGUUGAGCUCUUCUCCAGUUCCAAGGAACUGGUUAUCCCCGCCGUCUACGGUUUCUACAAGAAUCCUCCUCGCAAGAACUUCUUCCGCGCCACAGCCGACCCCCGCGGCACUCCCGCUCAGAACUUGCGUGCCCGCGCCAUUGAGGAGAACGAGAAGUUCUCGCACCGUAUCCGCCAGAACGGUCGCAAGUUUGGCUUCUCGUCAUCCACUGCACCCGGUACCGCAGAUGGUGUUACCAUCAGCGAUAGCAGCAAGAGAGAGUUUGUCGGUAGAGAAGUCGAGAUGCUUCUGCGACAGAUUCGUGGUUCCGAAUUUCCAAUGGAUCCCAAGCCUCGCGCUGUCUACAUGCUCUUCCAGAGCUACUCAGAGAACUGGCCAAAGCUCGCUCAGGAGCAUAAGGACAAUCUCGGCGUCGUGUGCAACGAGUUUCUCAGUGAGGUCAUUGACUUCGCGUGGCCUCAGCGUAUGCGCGAGCCCCUGCGCUACCAAUUCCUCGAUGUUCAGAUGAAGAAGCUGCUGGCCGACGCACAGGUCGAGCUUGAGCACCUAACGCAAGACAUGAACCUCGAAAUCCAGCCGUACGACCCCGAAUACGAGGAGCGUCUUCGCAAGUGGCAGAUCGAGACCACCAAGGAUGGUGCCACCUACACCGAGGCGCAGGAAGUCUGCGAGAAGAUGUUGAUUUUCUACGAGCUUGCGGCCAAGACCUUCAUCCGCAACACCAUUACGCAGGUCGUCGAGAGACAUUUGCUGCAGGGCAUGUACAGCAUCUUCAACUCUGUUGAGAUUCUCGGUAUGCCUGCCGAGACGGUCGAAGCUAUCGCCGCCGAGAACAAGGAGACGCGCGACCGCAGAAUGACGCUCAAGACGCAGAAGACUGCGAUCGAGGAGGCCCGCGACAUUUGCGCCAGCUUAGCCAUGCGCAAGGAGCUGAGAAUGUAUGCCGAUGAAGACCGCGAUCUAGAGGACAACAGCUCCGAUUCAGACGAAGAUAAGCCAAAGCAGACAACUACGCGCAAGCCUGUCAGCAAUAAUGCCAGCCCGAGCCGCGAAACAACUCACCGCUCAACACGCUCCCGCGACGAGCGCGAGGAGCGUCCCUCAGCGAGAACACAACCCGCUGAGUCGGUGACGAACGGCUACUCCUACGGCGGGCACCAAACGCCGGCCCAGGCUCCUCCCGUCCCGACCUCGAGAUCGGAGCGCGCCGAGCCCGCUAGGACAAACACCAGCACAUCUCAGUGGGAAGAUGAAGAGUACUAUAGAGCCCCUUCCUCCCAACAGGCUUCCGCGCCGGCCCAGGCACCUCCCCCGCCUCCUCGUCCCCAGAAGCUAAGGCCCGAGGAUGCGGCGUCGGAUGCGUAUAGCCACCGCUCGCAGUCUUCGAUUUCGGAGCAGCAGCACGCCAAUGGCUACGGAGGGUACUAUGACGCCAAUGAGCACGCGCCCUCGUCUACGAGACGUGUGACUGCCAAGAAGCUGUUUGGUAGAGGUUAA